CUCGGUUUUGGUGAUUUUCUAUGUUAUUCGUUGUUUUGAUAUUGCUCAACAUAUACAAUUUUGUUUACAUUAACUUUUAAGCGAUACUUACGAUUACACCAUUUUAUGAUAUAGUAAUAAAUAAGACGCAUAUCCCCAUAAAUUUUUAAAAGCAGUUUCAAUAAGUAUAUUAAUUAUAUAGUUAAAAUGUCAACUACAUUUUCGCCGGAGCCCAACAAAGUUUACGUUCUAGAUGGAGGUUUCUCAUCCCAAAUAUCCCGACAUGUAGGUAUUUCAGCAGAUGGUGAUCCAUUGUGGAGUGCCCGAUUUCUUCGAACAAACCCGGAAGAUGUCGUCAAAACACAUUUAGAUUUCAUACGAGCCGGCGCUGAUGUAAUAAGUACUAAUACCUACCAGGCCUCAAUAAGCGGAUUUGUCAAACAUCUUGGAGUAACCGAACAAGAAGGGUAUGAGCUUAUUCGCCUUGCAGUAGACCUUGCUAAACGUGCUAGAGACAUAUUUUCGCAAGAGUGCCAGGAAAACGAUAUACCUCAUCGCUCCAUAUUAAUAGCAGGCUCCGUUGGUCCGUAUGGCGCCUAUUUACAUGAUGGAUCAGAGUAUACUGGAACAUAUGCCGAUAACACCCCUGAAGAUGCUAUGCGAGAAUGGCAUAAGCCACGCAUAGACACACUGGUGUCGUCUGGUGUAGAUUUAUUAGCACUAGAGACAAUACCUUGUCAAAAAGAAGCUUUAGUUCUAGUUGAUAUGUUAAAGCAGUAUCCAAAUAGAAAGGCUUGGAUAUCUUUAAGCUGCAAAGAUGAUAGAAAUCUAGCUCACGGAGAAAACUUUCAAUCUACAGUAAGAAAAUGUUGGAAUUCAAAUCCUGAGCAAUUAAUAGCUGUUGGGACUAAUUGUUGUUCGCCAAAGAUUGUAGCCAACUUGGUGAGGGAUUUAAGUGAGGGCAUGGACAUUCCAAUACCUAUCGUCGCUUAUCCCAAUUCUGGAGAAAAAUAUAAUCCUAAAAGUGGCUGGGAGAAGAAAGAGGAGUGUGAAUCUCUAGAUUGUUUUGUUCAUGAGUGGUUAGACCUCAAUGUGAAGUUUAUUGGAGGCUGUUGUAGAACUUAUGCAGAAGACAUAACUCAGAUUAAAAAGAAAAAAGUUUUUGGCAUAUCUGUGAGAAAAAAACAAAGAGAUGAGAAAGUGAGAACAUUGAUGAGAGAAAGUCAAGAACUGAGGCAAGAAAACCUUAAAUUAACUUUUGAAAUAUCAAAAAUGAAAAAAGAAUUGGGAAAGCUCUCGGACGACAAAUUUUCUGAUUACAUAACAUUAAUGAAAGAACGCGACGCGCGCUACACACUUUACUUUGAAAAUGUCGCUCUUCAGCUAAAAUUGCGCGAAUUAGACGGCACUUCCCGAUCUUUAUACGUCGACGAUGCCUACGGUGAUCCCGUCGUGCUCAGAAUUGCGUUAGAGCGAUGUCGAGAGCAGCUAUCAACAACUCAAACCGAAUUAAAAAGAGUGACAGACGAGUACUCGGAUACGGUGCCUCGACGCGAACACGACAACUUAGAGGCCAAGUUCUAUGACAUCUCCAAGAAACUAGACUCGCUAACUUCGGAAUUUGAAGCUUUGCAGAAUACACAUAAACGCGUGUUAGCGCAGAAGAAAGGCGUGGAAGAAGAAUUGAUGGAAUGCAAGGAGCGGUGCAGAGAAUUGGAGCGAGCGGGGACUCCCCGUCCACAAUGGGAGAUAUGCGCAGACUUCAUCAGUGGGGGUCGGGAUCGAUGGUGGCAACUAGCGAGCGGUUUGUCCUCGAGAAACAUGCUCAGAGUUUUACUGAAGGAACUCGGACCGGCCGCAGAGAGUGAGCAUUUGGAAUAUUUUGACGGACUGGGCUCGGACCCCGCGGUGCCGCCGUACCUGCGCCACGAGGGCCGCGUGCGCAACCUGCGCCUGUCGCGCCGCGAGCUGCGCGUGGCGCUCGCCGCCGUGUGGGGCGGCAAGCGGCGCCGGCCCGCCGAGCCCAUGCAGGACUACCUCACGCACUACUUCGAGGAGAGGUACCAUCAACCCUCUAUUCGAGCGGAAUGGGCCUACAACCUUUGCGCUGCAGCCGAGCAGAUGCUGGACGAGCCGCAAGUGAAGCUGUUCUGGGGGGUGCUGCACGGACAGCUAAGCGAGGACAUCUACUGGGGCCAUCGGGAUCAGUGGUACACGAUCAAGGAGCAAUUGUAUAAGCAUAGCAAAGACGGAGAGAAUAUUACAAUUGAAGACUUUGAAAAAGUAACAAGAUCUACUUUCCCGCUUAAAAGUGAAGUCGAAAUCAAAAACCUGACAGAUGUCAUGAAGAAGCAACUUAAACUGAAAAUCAACGCAACUGACGUCAAUUUGGAUAAGUUAUUUUACGAGAACGAGGAGGGCUUCGAUCGCGUGGAGUUCGCUAGAGAAUUGUACAGACAGCGGCAACUAGCUCAAGACAAAUACAUUCGCGAAGUGGUGGCGGAACUCGGCGGGAAACAAGCCAACAACACCGUCACAGUCGACAGCUUGAAGAGAGCCUUCGCUAUUGUCGAUCCGGCCAUAAAUCACAUACGCAUGGAGCGUUACAUCCGCUGGGCGUUUUCGGAACAGACGGCGGAACUGAGCAGUAUCGGACCGAUACCGCUGCGCGCCCUUGUGGCCAGGCUCGCGGCGGGGGACAUAGAGCGGGUCGGGCAGCGCUAUAGAGGAACUAGAAGACACAAAUGAUGAUUACAUUUAAAUUAUUG